ACUCGACUCCAAACAAAUUUUGUAGUUAAAGAAAGAACAGUGUUACUCCCCAAAUAGUAAAACCGUCGUAUAAAGGGAGUAUUAACUAUUGGGUUGAAUGGGUCAAUCUUUCCCUCCACGAUGAAACCAUAAGCUAUGCAGCUAUAUAUUUACCAGCUUCAGUGAUCAGCUAAACAUCCAACCAUUCUUGCAUCUCAUCAAACAUUUCAUCCAAUGGAUACUCAAUGUAUUAUUCAGGGAGAUUCAUCUGCUUCCCAGUUCUCUCACUCACCCCAUUGGAACUAUGAUGUAUUUUUGAGUUUCAGAGGUGAAGAUACCCGAAAAACCUUCACUGGUCAUCUUUAUUCCAGAUUGUGUCAAGUUGGAGUUAAUACCUUCAUAGAUGAUGAGGAGUUGAGAAAGGGCGAGGUGAUUUCAAGGGAGCUAGAGAAAUCAAUUGAAGAGUCCAGGAUUUCAAUUGUUGUUUUCUCAAGAAAUUAUGCUUCCUCUAGUUGGUGUCUUGAUGAACUUGUUAAGAUUCUCGAAUGCAAACAUAAGUUAAAGGAGGUAGUUUUGCCUAUUUUCUAUGAUGUUGAUCCUUCUCAAGUGCGCAAGCAAACAGGGUGCUUUGGUGAAGCUUUGGCUAAACACAAGGAACGAUUUGGGACUGAAAGAACGGAGAAGUGGACGGCUGCACUUACUGAAGCUGCAAAUUUAUCUGGAUGGGAUUUGCAAAAUGUUGCUAACGGGUAUGAAUUUAAAUUUAUCGAGAAUAUUAUUGAACAAGUCCUACAAGUGCUCAACCAGACACCUCUGGAUAUUGCUUGGCACGCAGUUGGACUAGAUACUCGUGUCAAAGAGAUAGAUUUGUUGUUGCAAAAUGAAUGUGAAGAUGAAGUUCACAUGGUUGGUAUGUAUGGUGUUGGUGGUAUAGGGAAAACAACUCUGGCAAAAGCUAUCUACAAUCGAAUAUUUCGACACUUCGAUGGUAGUUGCUUCUUAUCGAAUGUUAGAUCAGAAGCUGAAGCACCAUCUAAUGGUCUGGUCAAGCUGCAACAGAAACUUCUUCGUCAAAUUCUCAAAAAUAAGGAUUUUGAAAUUAACAAUGUUGCUGAAGGUAUCAAACUAAUCAAAACAAGAUUUGAGUCAAAAAAGGUUCUAAUAGUUCUUGAUGAUUUGGACCACAUGAGACAAUUGCAUGCCUUAGCAAGAGAUCGAAGUUGGUUUGGUUCAGGUAGUCUCAUAAUUAUUACAACCCGAGACAAGCAUUUGCUAUGUGGGCUUAGAGCAAAUGAGAGAUACGAGGCCAAACUAUUAAAUGACAAUGAAGCUAUGCAACUUUUUAGUUGGCAUGCUUUUAACCAUCUUUUUCCACCACAAGAAUAUGUUGAGCUGGCCCAAGACAUAAUCAAAUAUUCUAGUGGUCUACCAUUAGCUCUUGCGACAUUGGGUUCACAUUUGCAAGGAAGAUGCGCAGAAGAAUGGAGAUUUGAAUUUGAAAAGCUAAAAGCAAUUCCUCAUAGUGAUAUCCAUGAGAUUCUCAAGAUAAGCUUUGAUGGACUUGAUGAUGAUACUCAGAGUGUUUUCCUUGAUAUUGCGUGCAUUUUUCAUUGGUUUUACAAGGAUGAAGUUACCAAAACAUUAAAUGCAUGUGGUUUUCAUUCUGAAAGUGCAAUUUCAACUUUGGUCCGAAAAUGCUUGCUCCAAAGGGAUAUGUAUCAGUUAGUGAUGCAUGAUCUGGUCCGAGAUAUGGGAAGAGAAAUCGUUCGCAUGGAAUCACCCCGAGACCCUGGAAAACGAAGCAGAUUGUUUAGCCCACAAGCAGUCCAUGACGUUCUACAAGGAAAUAAAGGUUCUGAAAAGGUAGAAGUACUGAAGGUGGAAGGACUGGCAUUAAGUGGAGUGAGCUUAAGCACCAAAGCAUUUAAGAAAAUGAAAAAUCUUAGGGUGCUUAUAAUUGAUGAAUUACAUAUUAGUGGAGAUUUUGAGCUGUUGUCCAAGGAGCUCAGAUGGUUGUCGUGGCUAAAAUGUCCUUUAAAGUGUAUACCAUCAAAAUUUCCAGCUGAGAAACUAGUAGUUCUAGAUAUGAAAGAGAGUAAUAUCCAAGAAUUUGGAUUGAAUUUGAAGCAUUGUAAAAGUUUGAAGAAUAUGGAUCUCUCUUAUUGCAAGCGCCUUAAAAGAACACCAAACUUCAGUGGUUCACAAAGCCUUGAGACUUUGCGGCUUCGUGGUUGCUCAAGUCUGAAGGAGAUCCAUCAAUCAAUUGGAAAUUUAGACAGACUAAUUGAUCUAGAUUUGAAUGGUUGCAAAAAGCUUACAGAUCUUCCGCGCAACAUAUGUCAGCUAAAAUCCCUUGAAAACUUAAACAUUGGAAGCUGCUCAUCUAUACAUGCACUGCCAGUUGACCUUGGAGAUAUGCAAAGUCUAAAAAAACUUUUGGCACUUUAUACAGGUAUAAAACAAUUGCCCAGAUCUAUUGAACUGCUAAGAGAUCUUGUAAUUUUGGAAGUGGGAGGUCAAAAUGAAGAGGCAAACAGGAGUUUUUUUCAAAGAAAAGUCCAUCGCGUACAAUCCUUGUCAACUUCUAUUUCGCAGUUAAGCAUUACAUAUUGUGGUUUGUCUGAGGAAGAUAUUCCUAGGGAUAUUGGGAGUUUAUCCUCCUUACUUUCUUUAGAUUUGAGUGGCAACAAUUUCCAGUGUCUACCCUUUAACUUUUCUAAGUUAGGAUGCUUGGAGUCCUUGAAAUUGAGUGACUGUGAGAAUCUUCAAACACUCCCAUCAGUAUCUAAGUUAGAAAAUCUUAAGAAAUUUGAACUUGUAAAUUGCAAGAACUUGGUUAAGAUUACAGAGUUGGACAAUCUCCCAGUUUAUAUAGAGGAGCUCAACAUGCUUAAUUGUAGUUCUCUGCCGAAUCCAUUCAACGAAGGCUUCUUUAGUGCACGUGCUCUAGCAUUUCCAUGCAGAAAAGAUCGAAAUCGGGGGUUAAAUAUUUAUCCCCAAUGCAAAGAGGUUCCAGAAUGGUGCCAAAAUCAAGUAACAACUUCAUCUAUUUGCUUUACUAUGCCACCCACACACAAUAAGGAGUAUCAGUUUUUAGGAAUGAUUGCCUGGUGUGCUCGCAAGUUUGUCAAAACAGUCUCUCCGGGCGGGUUUAGUUUUUCUAAAAACAAAUCUUCAAGAAGCUACUACUGGCCUUAUGAUCGUGCAAUACCUGGUGGAAAUGUAGAGCUAUCAUGUGUACAAUACAUAUCUUCCUUACAGACACCUUUUUAUGGGCAGAUCAAAGCUGGAGACAAGAUACAAAUUAGUGAGUGGGGUACAGAAAUUACAGUAAAGAAGAUAGGGGUUCAUCUGUUAUAUUUAGACAAACAAGGUAAAGUUACAUCCUUGCCGGCAGUGAUGGAUCAUUCUGAUUCGAUUAAAUGAAGAUGGGAGAUGACUGAAAUUAGUUCCUAGGAAUGUCUUGAAUAAGUUUCACUUGAAAAUUGCAAAAAAUUAGUCAAGAUUGCAGAGUUGGACAACCUCCCUUCUAUACAGGAGAUCAACAUGAUUAUUUGUACUUCUUUGCAGAAUCCAUUCAAUCAAGGCUUCUUUACACUUGC